CAGUAAGCACUACGUCAGGGGGUGCGUCUGCAUUACUUACACACUUCCAGGAACUCUGCAAACCAUCUGUAUAACUCUGCCUGUUUCUUUAAGUUCCAGAGUUACAUAAAAAACAGCCUAGCUUCAUACCAGCCUAAGUUCCACGGAAGAAUCCCAGGACGCCCCCCAGCUAUCUGCUCCAAUCCUUCUGCUCAGUUGGUCAACUUUUUACUAAACAGUGGACUUAAACUCACAAUUUCUCCGCAAAUACUUUAAAGAUUUUUUAGAAACCGGAGCUUCGGUGUACGUCGUGAGCCUGUUUUCCUUGCCGGGAUCGAACUGACCGCUCUGGAGGAUCAGUCACACCCGAAGAGUUCCUCGCCACCUUUUGGAUUAAAUGGUCUAGAAACAAGCCUUCAACUGAAAUUCUAAAAGCUAGUGAGAGUUUGGUCUAACUGCUACUCCAGCUAAAAUUAACUUCGACAACAGAAACAAUGUCAAAAUCUUCAUGAAAUGCGUCGCUUAGCAGAUAUGUUACUUUUGUUGAUUCUUCUCAGAGGUUUACUUUAUGUAGAUGGCACCACAGGAAACCUGACGUGUCAUAAUGACUAUCUGUUGGAGAUGGUUUGCUCUUGGGAGAGCACAGAGCACACUAACUGCUCAAAGGACUUUACUGUAUCAUUUGGAGACUGUGAAUCAAGCACUGCAUGUUUACCUUCCACACAGGAGCAAGAGGAGAUGCCAGCACCACUGUGCAGGUGUCGGAAGGAAGUUCCAUUCUUUGCAACAUCUGUUCACUGCAAUGUAACAGUUUACUCUGAGGGACAUAUUCUGACAAGCAGGAUCAUAGAUCCAUUCAAAACAGUUAAGCCGAACCCACCAAGAAAUCUUACUGCUGAGAAGCAAGAAUACCAAAAAAUUAAGCUAAGCUGGACAACAGAGUACACAACAAGCAUUAUUGAAAAAAAAUUGGAGUUUCAAGUCAUGUGGUGGAUGAAGAAUCCAGAAGAGCAAUAUCGUUACUCGACUGUAAUGAAUGGUGCUGUAAAUCUACGCAUUCAGGAAGUAUUGAAUCCUGGGCAGUACUUUGCCAAAGUCCGAUCAAGAAUGAGUAAUGGAAUAUGGAGUGAAUGGAGCAAUGAAUCUAACUGGAGUAUUGAUGACACGUCACAUGAGGAUGACUUCCUCUUUAUUGCCAUUCCAUUAUCCUGUUUUGCUGUUCUGACUUUGAUUGUCAUAUGUCAUGUGUGCUUUAAAAAGUUAAAGAAGAAGCAUUGGGAAAUGAUCCCGAAUCCAUCAAAAAGUCAACUGGCAAAAAAGAUUUUCAGCACACAUACGGCUCGUUCUGGUUCCAGUGGAAAGGGGUGGACCAGUGACAGAGAGGAGCUGUGUGUCGAAGUCCUCCAAGUAACUAAUAAGAAAGCUUUUGUUGAGAACAACCACCAAAGUGAGUCCAUCAAAGGAGAAGAAAAUGAAAAUUACAAUGAUACUUCUUUUGCAAGCAAAAUGUCACUGUCUGACUGUUUUCAACAACAGCAUGUCUACCCUUCCAUAGUAUUCCCUUCUUGGUUGCUAGAGGAAUCCCCAGUGAACAUGGUGGGUUCUACAGUAAUCUGUAAUAAGUCCUAUCAGCUGUUCAGUGCAGGGCGUGCCAGUGAUGAAAUUAAUAGCAAUUCAGGUAUUCACCACAACACAGAGAUAUCUCAUCACAAAACAGAAUCUGAUGCGCCAAGACUUGACAACCUGGCUUAUUCAGGAUAUAAAGGCUUUGAAAGCUGUGUUGCAGAAGGACAUGCACUUAAAGGUUCACCUGAAGAUGAACAAGGAAAUACGUUUUGUGUGAUGCAAGUUCCCUCUGAUGCUGAACUACUAUUAAGUUUUAAAAGGCAGCAGGAGCCAGAUUUGUUUUUGUCAGAAUCCAAGAAUGUAGCAUUGCACAGUAUGUUUGCUGGCUUCCAACAAGUUUGCAGUCUUGAAGACUUGAGCACUCUCAAUAACUUUAAUUCUCAACAUGCAGUUCAUCUGCCAUACCCCCCUUUCUUCAGUGUUGAUUGUCAACACACGGAGGCAUUUAAGAAUCCCUCAGUGUUUGAAAGUUGGGGACCUGAAAUUUUUAACGGUUCGAUGUUUAACUUUGGCAGCUUUGAAGAUAAUGAAACAAAGUUGAAAACAUUGCCAUUUCAGUCUCUUCUAAGUCAGAGUUCUCCAGGUGGAGUACUGUUUGGUCAACUGAACUCCUCAGGAACUGAAAAUCUUGGCAGUCUUCAUCUUUUGGGGAUGCCUGACACACCGUUUUUAUAUAAAACUGGGUAUGAACGUUUUGACAAGUGUGUUAACAAGACACAACUUUCUGCAAAUGAAAACACUUGCUGUUAAAAUCAGUUAACUUAAUUUUCCCCCAAGUAUUCCUGCAUUCCUUUUUGAAGAAUUCAGCAAAUUACAGUUUUGUUAAAAAUACAGUGAUAUAAACAGUGUUUUAAAAUGCUAAAACUAGAAAAAUACAUAUCCGCAUUAUGCUUUAUAUGUGAUACAUUGAACAAUAAUAUCUAAUCUGCUAAUAAGAGCAUUGAUGUAUGUAAAUAGUUUUAAUUAGCUGUCAUAGUCAUAGUUCAGGGGUAGGAACAUUCUAUAGAUGUCUCCCGAAUAUGUAUCUGACAGUAGACUACACUUAGGUGCUUUUUGGUUUGUGUAGGCAGAGGUAUGUACUUAUCUGUGUCUGCACCAUAGUGAGUUAGGUGCUUGCUGGUUUGUGCAGACAGAGAUGUAUUUAUCUGUGUGUGCACCAUAGUGAGUGUGUGUGGUGCAAAUAAGGCUCAUAUGGUAGAUGAUUUUAACUUCUGAUUUCCUUCACCUUUUAAAGGAGAUGAAACAAAUUUUAAGGUAAGAAGAACUGUAACAUGAUGGUUUUAUAUUUAAAAGUGCAAAAACUUUGAACAAAAAAAGGAGUGUGGAGUUAAUUGUUUUGAAGCCAUGUGUCUUGUGGAAUUCUAAGCUUGGUGAAUGCAUAGGGGGACAGCUGUAUGUGUGUGUGUGUGUGUGUGUGUGUGUGUGUGAUGGAAUGCUGAAACAUGUAAUUUGGAUUUCCAUGCCUGAAUUGUACGUUUUUUGGCAUUAUCAGUGCAAGCAAAGUAUAGAUGCUAUGCUGUAGUUCUCUCACUGAAAAUCUGAUAAUCGUUCAUCUUGAAUAAAAUUCUUGGAGACCGAAA